AUGGCUGAAUCAGCUACACGUGGUUAUCAUCAAUAUAGUGAAGAUGAGAAAAACAAAUUAAUCAAUCGUAUGAACCACGAUUCACUUCGACAAUUUUUCGUCGAACCAUUUAUCCAAGCUAUUGAACAACGGCAAAAACAUAUUCGACAAUAUAUGCAAUAUGCAACAAAACGACGUCUUCAUUUUUUCUACCAUCGCUCCGAUGAUCGUCGACAAAAAUGGUAUCGUCGGAGCUAUCAUCUUAAUUUAUAUUGGGAUAUUCUUCCAUCCUCACCUGUUAUUGGAGUUGAUUUAAAAUUAACAACGGAACAAUUGGCAUUACUUUCUCGUGGAUAG